ACUCUGUCAGGAGAGUGUGUGAGAGUGUGUGUGUGUGUGUGUCACCCCUCCAGCAGGUGCUGCUGGCGACUUAACUUGAAGUCAGCCCUCAAGGGGUCUCAGUCUGCUGCCACCACCACCCCUUUUUCUGACUGUCCCAAAGCAGCAGUCGGGCAUCCUUGAGAAACUGCAUCUUCUUUAUGUUCUGGAUCUUCUGGAGCUUCUGCAUCUUCUAGUCCUUCUGCAUCUUCCGGACCUUCUGCAUCUUCUGGUCCUUCUGCAUCUUCUGAACCUUCUGCAUCUUUUGGACCUUCUGCAUUUUUUGGACCUUCUGCAUCUUCGAGACCUUCUGCUGCCACAGCGUGGUCUCCAGCCGCUCCAGGUGUCUGCCAUGUCGAAUCCCAUCGAAGGUUUAGUGGACGUCAGCGUUUACGCAUCACGGAUCGGACUGCCCGAGGAUUCCCUGACCGUCCUGGAUAACGCCAGAGACUCGGCCGAGCCCUGGGAGCUGGCGGAGGCCAAGCCAGGUGGCAUGUCGGCCCUCUACAUGCCCUGCUUUGACAUGCUGGCCACGGAGGACGCCGCCUGGCUGGGUAAAGUGUCCGAGGGUCCCCAGCCGGAGCAGUGCCCGGUCAUCGACAGCCAGGAGCGGGGACUGUCUCCGCCGGGCCCCGAGGAGGAGCGCUCCCUGGAGCAGGUGCAGAGCAUGGUGGUGGGCGAGGUGCUGAAGGACAUCGAGACGGCCUGUAAGCUGCUCAACAUCACGCCAGACCCCAUGGAGUGGACCAUGGCCAACGUGCAGAAGUGGCUGCUGUGGACCGAGCACCUGUACCGCCUGCCCCACGCAGGCAAGACCUUCCAGGACCUGAUGGGCAGGGACCUGUGCGCCAUGAGCGAGGAGGACUUCCGCCAGCGCUCGCCGCAGUGCGGGGACACGCUACACGCUCACCUGGACAUCUGGAAGUCAGCUGCCUGGAUGAAGGAGAGAUGCUCCGUAGGAGACGACAAAAGUCCUGGCGGCGAGGGGCUUUGGUCCGAGGCCGACUCCUCCUGCUCGGGUCAGCCCAUCCACCUAUGGCAGUUCCUCAGGGAGCUUCUGCUCAAACCUCACAACUACGGGCGCUGCAUCCGCUGGCUCAACAAAGACAAAGGUAUUUUCAAGAUCGAGGACUCGGCGCACGUGGCGAGGCUGUGGGGUCUGAGGAAGAACCGGCCCGCCAUGAACUAUGACAAGCUGAGCCGCUCCAUACGGCAGUACUACAAGAAGGGCAUCAUCCGCAAGCCCGACGUCUCCCAGAGGCUGGUCUACCAGUUCGUGCACCCUGUAUGAGGGGCAAGACCCGACAAAUGUCACUCGCAUGAAGCCAAAACUAAAGACUCCUGGAGGUAACCUCUGGCCAAAAAUGUACGCCAACACAGUGCACUUCAAUCCACAACCACUAAAAUAUAAGUAGAUUUUAUUAUUGAGAAGCACAAUCUGCCUCUUUUUGUAUUAUGAAUGGAUUUUUACUCCUUUGAUAUGGAAACAGGCCUCAAUAGGUACAACAGGAAGUGACCAUAUAAGGAAACGAGCCUCAUAGAUACAACGAAAAGUGAUCAUAUAAGGAAACAGGCCUCUUCAAUACAACAGGAAGUGACCACAUAAGGAAAUAGGCCACUUGGACAUAACAGGAAGUGACCAUAUAAGUAAAUAGUCCUAAUUGAUACAACAGGAAGUGACCAUAUAAGGAAACAGGCCUCAUAGAUACAACAGGAAGUGACCAUAUAUAGAAAUAUGUUCCAUCCGUCCAUCCAUCUAUCUUUUCCGCUUAGCUGAGGUCGGGUCGCGGGGGCAGAAGCCUAAAAAGGGAAGCCCAAACCGCUUCGUCCAGCUCUUCUCAGGGGAUCCCGAGGCGUUCCCAGGCCAGCUGGGAGAUACAGUCUUCCUAACGUGUCCUGGGUCUUCCCCGUGUCCUCCUAUCGGUUGGACGUGCCUUAAACACCUCCCUAGGGAGGCGUUCGGGUGGCAUCCUGACCAGAUACCUGAACCACCUCAUCUGGCUCCUCUCGAUGUGGAGGAGGAACGGCUUUACUUUGAGCUCCUCCCGAAUGGCAGAGCUUCUCACCCUAUUUUAAAUGGAGAGCCCCGCCCCCUGGCGUAAGAAACUAAUUUCGGCCGCUUGUACCGGUGAUCUUGUCCUUUCGGUCAUAACCCAAAGCUCAUGACCAUAGGUGAGGAUGGGAAGGUAGAUCAACCGGUAAAUUGAGAGCUUUGCCUUCCGGCUCAGCUCCUUCUUCACCACAACGGAUCGGUACAAUGUCCGCAUUACUGAAGACGCCGCACCGAUCCGCCUGUCGAUCUCACGAUCCACUCUUCCCCCACUUGUGAACAAGACUCCUAGGUAUUUGAACUCCUCCACUUGGGGCAGGGUCUCCUCCCCAACCCGGAGAUGGCACUCCACCCUUUUACGGGCAAGAACCAUGGACUCGGACUUGGAGGUUCUGAUUCUCAUCCCGGUUGCUUCACACUCGGUUGCGAACCGAUCCAGUGGGAGCUGAAGAUCUUGGCCAGAUGAAGCCGUCAGGACCACAUCAUCUGCAAAAAGCAGAGACCUAAUCCUGCAGCCACCAAACCAGAUACCCUCAACGCCUUGACUGCGCCUAGAUAUUCUGUCCAUAAAAGUUAUGAACAGAGUCCGUGACAAAGGGCAGCUUUGGCGGAGUCCAACACUCACUGGAAACGUGUCCGGCUUACUGCCGGCAAUGCGGACCAAGCUCGGACACUGAUCAUACAGGGAGCGGACCGCCACAAUCGGACAUUCCGAUACCCCAUACUCUCUGAGCACUCCCCACAGGACUUCCCAGGGGACACAGUCGAAUGCCUUCUCCAAGUCCACAAAGCACAUGUUGACUGGUUGGACAAACUCCCGUGCACCCUCAAGAACCCUGCUGAGAGUUUAGAGCUGGUCCACUGUUCCUCCUGAAUCCGAGGUUCGACUAUCCAGCGUAGCCUCCUCUCCAGUACACCUGAAUAAACCUUACCGGGAAGGCUGAGGAGUGUGAUCCCACGAUAGUUGGAACACACCCUCCGGUCCCCUUUCUUAAAGAGAGGGACCACCACCCAGGUCUGCCAAUCCAGAGGUACCGCCCCCGAUGUCCAUGCGAUGUUGCAGAGUCUUGUCUACCAAGACAGCCCCACAGCAUCCAGAGCCUUAAGGAACUCCGGGCAAAUCUCAUCCACCCCCGGGGCCUUGCCGCCGAGGAGCUUUUUAACUACCUCAGCAACCUCAGACCCAGAAAUGGGAGAGCCCACCACAGAUUCCCCAGGCACUGCUUCCUAAUAGUUGGUGGGAUUGAGGAGGUCUUCGAAGUAUUCCCUCCACCGAUCCACAACAUCCGCAGUCGAGGUCAAACAUCCAUAAAUAUGUUCCAUCAAACUAAAAUAUUUGAAUACUGUCAUGUAGGGAUGGCAAUUUGACAUUUUUAUGGUUCCAAUUCCACCUUCAAUUCCAUUUCACGAAUCGGUUAUCAUUUAGAAAAAAAGAGGACAAAAAGGUGGAUUAGCAUCAAUAUAGUUCAGUAAAAAUAGCAUCAAUAUAGUUUAGUAAAAAGUAAGAUAGAUAGAUAGAUGGAUGGAUGGAUGGAUGGAUGGAUGGAUGGAUGGAUGGAUGGAUGGAUGGAUGGAUAGAUAGAUAGAUAGAUAGAUAGAUAGAUAGAUAGAUAGAUAGAUAGAUGGAUAGAUAGAUAGAUAGAUAGAUAGAUAGAUAGAUAGAUAGAUAGAUAGUACUUUAUUGAUUCCUUCAGGAGAGUUCCUUCAGGAAAAUUAAAAAGUUGCUUCAGGAAAAUUUACAAAUGUACAUUUCCUUACAAAGACAUCAGAGGCUCGUACUUAACAUAGAACUAAACAUGACCUUUUUGAAAAUAUAUAUUCUUCAGUAGAAUUUAACAAAACAUGAGGAAAUGACACAAGAAUGUAACAUUUACUAACUUUUUUACAAACUUUUAGGAAUCUUUGGAUUUUCCCCGAAGUUAAAAAAUGAGAAUAUGCUUCAAAAGUUAGUUUAGAUUUACAAGGUGAAACUAAAACAUGUCAUAACAUGCAACUCGGCAUAUUUCAAGUCUUCUUUUGAUAUCAUUUGAUGAUUAUGGGUUAUAGUUUAUGAAAACUUUGAUAUUAAAAUCUCAGAAAACGUGUGGUUUUUGCAAAAACUUUAAACCAUGGUGGUCAAAAUGAUAAAAAACAUUCAACUACAAAUAUUUCUCUUUGCAUGUAAUAAGUCACAUAUUAGUUUUACUUUUCAGACAUAAAUUAACUUUUACAUGAUAUUCUAAUUUUAUGAGUUCCACCUGUGUAAUGGAAAUGACUGAGUGAGUGAAAAUGUGGUUGAAACAUGCAACUUUUCUCUGUCUACAAUUGCACAUUCACCUACCAAAAAUCAGGAGCACUGUGGCAAAUUUGUGCAAUCUUUUGACCACAAACUUAGACACUUUCUCCUGUCUUGCUUAUCUAUAAAUGAAAAGGCAUUCAUUUGAAUGUAACAAAUAAUGUUGCUAACAUGCUAUGUGGUGUUAGUUAGCACCUGAUGAUGGGAUGAGAUGGCAGUGCUUCAAAGACAUUCAUGUAUAAUUAUUGUGCGUGUGUGUUGAAAUUGCAACCUUGCAAUUCAUACACUGGAAACCGGUCUUCAACAAAAACUGGGUCUCGAUUCUCAACCCUGCGACCACACAAGUGUAAAAAGAAGUUAACCAAAGCAAAAAAAAAACAAUGCUUCCGCCUUAUAUUUCAUAAUAUAACACAAGACAAAAGUAUUUAGACACCCUGGAGUCUUGCUGUUUUUACUUCAAGUAGAAAAAUAAAAUAUGUACGGACCAGUUUUCCUUCAUCAUAUAAUGUCAAUCUGAUUAAAAACAUGAACUCAAGCCACAUUCUAUUGAGACGAAUUACAGUUUUGCUUGCCGAAAUUAAGUUGAAAUACACAUAAAUGAUGAAAAUUUGAUCAAUUAAGAUUUAGUAUCAGUUUAACCUCUUGGAUACAAUAGUGUGUCUCACUUUUUUUGUCAAAAUGCUUGCACACCCAACUAUCUUUGGCCCCAUGCCUUGCAGCCGUAUUCAACAAAAACACACACACAUAGAGUCACUAAGACCUGGAAUUCUUGGUUGGGCACUUGGUCUUAAAAUAAGCGAGAUGGUAAAAUGACCUAUUGGUGAAAUGUUGUUUUCUUGUCCAAACGGAUAUCUUUUUAGCAGAAGUGUCCAAGUUUGUUUUGUAAGUUUUGUAAAGACUUAUUUUUACCCUGAGGACCUUUUGAAGUGGGACUCACAUGAACGCUUCAAUAGACCCAGCAUGACUUAGCUGGGAUUUCGCUAACCUGGCGAUGCUUGAUUGAAGGAAAGUUUGAAUGAUGUCAUGUUGUUAUAUAAUAAUACACUUGGAUUAUUGAUUACUGACUUUGGUGUUAUGAACACCUCCAGAUCUACCAUACUUUGCCCUUUCCCUGCAAGAGCAGAAAAUCACAUUCAUGAGCUCCGACGCAUUUUCCUGCUGAAUAAUACUUUACAGUGGCCUUCAGAAAGUAUCUGUACAAAUGUAAUUUCCAAAUUGUUCUUAACAAAUAAAAAAUGUUUAUUAAAAGUAAAUAAUGUGCUAAAUUA